GCGCGGCGUUUGUGGCAAAUUGGAUCAGGUUACGGCCGUGGCUUUGGGAAUUCCCCAGGAAAUCACCUCCGCCUCCGGCCAGGCGGCCUUUUCUGGAAGGGAGAGGGAACGUAGACCGUCCUCUCGCACGGUGAGGACGUUUUUGGUUUUAAAAUGGUCCGGACAUGGAGGCGCUCGGAGACUAAUGCGCCAGGGCCUGGCGUUGCUGUGACGGACCGUAUCCGAGGAAAAGCUCCCGAAGCGCCAACGCUGUCCUGAGCUUGGCUUGGCUUGGCUUGGCUGGAUGUUAGCUUGUUCGCCCAGGACUCAAUACUCGAGCGGCAUUUCGACAUAUAAGCAAGUUUACCUGAUCGUGAAAAGAAGCGAGACGUUCUCAGUUUAUAAAUGGAGUGGGUGCAUCGACAGUUGACGCAAGACUACCAGAGUGAUUCCCGAAACCAGAGUGUACGAUCUGGACCGAGCUAUGGGUUAGACAAACAGGUACCCUCAGAAAUGCUCGUCGAGGACUGGUGCGACAGCGGACUGGACUCCUUGAGCGGAGUCGCUCUCGGAAUCGACGUCCCCUAUUCCGCUCAAAACACAACCGAGCAGACAUGGACUUGUGUGCGGUCGGUGGUUGGCAGCCCCCCGCUGAAUGCACCCGACAGCCGGACUACAGACUGUGGCUUAGUCUGCGGCGGCGAAAGGCUGGACUCCGCGAUCGGGGACUCCAUCACCGAGGAGACCGUAGGGUCUCUGUCGGACGGGAUCGGAACCAUGUUGUUGAGCGGCCCGGUGGACACGGAUACCGAGGACAGCAGUCAGACUGCGACCGAGAAAGCAGCCGUGCUGGAGGACGAUCGGCUGCGGAGAGAGGAACUCCUCAACGCUCUCAACUUUGUAUCGGAGGACGGUGACACGGCGCUGCAGUUGGCACUGAUCCAUGAGCAGUGGGAUUUUGCACAGUACCUGCUGGAUGCUGUGACCCUUGACCCUGCAUGGACGCCUUACCUGGACAUCCAGAAUGAUCUGGGACAGACGGCCCUGCAUCUUGCUGUGAUAGUGGGUCGCAGUGCGUUUGUGGCUGCCCUGCUGAGGGCAGGUGCUGGGGUGGAGCUCCAGGAGAGAGGAGGCCACACCCCUCUGCACCUGGCAGUGCGAGAACUGCGUAUGGACUGCGUGAGAGAGCUCACGUCCUGCCCCCGCACCCCUCCGCAACACCUGACCAUCACCAACUAUGCAGGAGUGAGCGCCCUCCACUUGGCUGUUCAGAGAGGGAGAUGUGACAUCAUCAGCAUGUUGCUCGAGGCGGGUGCAGACAUCAACCAGAGAGAUCAGGGUUCUGGGCGUAGUCCGCUGCACUGGGCCGUGGAGGCUCAGAGCUGCGCUGUGGUGGAGCUGCUGCUCCGGGCAGGAGCCAUCGUAGACCAGCGCACUUACGCCGGCCACACACCACUUGGCUGCGCCCUCUACAGGCCCAACAAAGAGCUGCAGACACUGCUCCGAGCUGCUGGUGCCUCCACUGCACAGGAGGAUGAAGAUGAGGAUGAUGAUGACGAUGGUGAUGAGGAGGAGGAGGAGGAGCUAGAGAGUGAAGAGGAUGAAUUUGAUGAUGUCAUCAUCAAUGGACAGCGUGUGAUGUAACUGUCGAAAUGGAUUUAACCGGGCCACCAGACACUUAUGACUGGUGUCAGAGGAAGAGUGUGUGUUUGUAUGUGUGUGUGAAUGUGUAUAAUUACAGGUACGGUUUGAUUUUGCUGCGGUGUUGGAACUUUUGUUGUUGGAUUUCCUGUUUGCUGUUUGUGUGGGUAUAACCCUAGUGUCAGAUGGUGUUCUGCUGACUCUAGUGCUUGUCCGAGCCUGAGGACAGGUUGUUUUGGUUUAACUCUUGGGACUGUACUAUGCGAUUUAACCCUGUACCCCUCCUGGUAGUCCCCACCUUGCCCAACAGCGCUGUCAGCUCCGUGCUUUUGAUCUCUUCCGUAGUUGUCCAGGAAGCUUGCUUAACCUUAGAAACAGAGAUCCUACAUCCUGAACUUUCUGGUGGUGGUACUCAAGGUGACCCAAGUUCCUGAAAACAUUGCAGGCAUUGGAAAAGGCGUCUUAUGGUCACCCUCUCCUGCUGUUCAGUGGGGUUCCUGGGGAUCCUCUGCACUGCACGGUGUAGUAACUCUUCCCUGCUGACACAUCGCUGAAUUCAUUAACUAAUGAGUCUCAGAUUGACGCCAUGUUUUUGAAAGCAGAGCUGUAUGGUGAGGCAAUGAUGUAGUACAGUAACAUGUCAACUAAAUUCUGUGAGAUACCGGUAGCCGUGCCAGCGGGAAAUAGAUUGUAGUGUGAUGGCACAGUCUCUGUAGUGACCGCGUCAGUGUAGUGCAAUUUUGAUUGUAAUUGUACUUUUUUAUUUCUGGGGUGCCUGGGUAUUAUGGAUAAAAUUGGGUUUAUGGAACCAUGGAGAAAAGGACGGAGAAUUUGUGAAGGAUCUCAUUGGCUUUGUUGUUCUGAUUAGUUCCUCUACUCCCUCUGAUUCCUAAUUUGCCAAUCACAUGUGUGCUUGGUCACAUGGCAUAUGGAACAGUGCUAGUUUCAUGCUCCUAGAUUGGUGGACCUGUUACUGGAGAUAGGAGCGGCCCACUACUCUGAGAACUGUCUUAUAACUCAUCUCUUGGCAACUUGAGUCCACUUCCAACAUCUUUAAAGGAGCCUAAUCUCUCAGAAAAAGCUAACAGUGCAAAUUGUAUAUUCUAGCAUUAAAUGUAGCUGCCCCUGUGCUAGCUUCCUUCUAACAUUAGCAACACUACCAUUUUUGGGUGAUGUGUAGAUCUGACCUGUAAUUUAUUUAACCACGUUGGCAAAAGAUGCAGUAUCAGUACUGAUCCGCUCUCAUAAAACAGCUCGUGUGAGCGUGGGGACGGGGGUAGCUGCUCGGUGUUCAGCAGGGAAGGCCGUUCCCCCAUGACACUGCUCAGCAGCACCCCUUAGCUGAAAGAGAGGGAAGGGCAGUCUUGGAGAAUGGCAGAAGAGAGAUUAUGCAUGUGAGCGGAAUGGGAAGUGUAAAAGGUUGCGGCUGGUGUGCCGGUCCAUACUGUUUUCAGGUGACUUUUUAAAAUGAUUUUUGGUUGGGUUUAGUGUAACUGAUGGAGUACUUGUGUGUGUGAUGGGGAGUGCUGAGAGACCUUUGACCUCUGCUGUGUGGGCUUCUGCUCUUGAUUUCUAUUGUUAUGUUUUUCUCCUUUUUUUUCUAGGAAUGGGUGAUUGUUAGAGAGUCUGUGCUGUUUAGGGCUUCACAUGGACAAUAAACAGUCACUUACCUGACAAACUAAA